AUGGGUUAUAAAUAUUAUGCACCUCAGAUCAAGAGUCGACAUCAUCACAAAAGUGUCACUGGAGUUGAUCUCGCAACCGCUCGAAUUCACCUCGAAACUAAUGUGUCCAGGCAAUCCAUCUCACGCUGGAAUGAAAAAGUUCGGCUCACAGGGUGUGUCGUCUCUGACCCAGCCACCUACAAGGUUCAAGGUCGAAAUCCAAUUUAUGACGACGACGAUCUGGUUGUUCUCCACGAUGUUAUUCAAGAGGAUCCUACUCUCUACCUCGAUGAGAUCCAAGAUAUAAUGCAUCAGCUGGUCAACAAGAAACCGUGCAUUGCUAGCAUAGCCAAAACCAUCGAGAAAAAACUCAACUUUACUUUCAAGAAAGGUGGGACAGUCGAUCCACGCCAGUCACUUGAAAUGCAAGGCAUUUUCAGUAGACGCAUAGGAGCUAUGCCUUCACAAUACAUGGUCUUCCUAGACGAGGUUGGAGCAAAUGAGCGGGAUAUCUUUAGGAAAUACAUUCGAUCUGAAAAAGGGACCAGAGGGGAGAGAUUGGUACACUCUUGA